UGAAUACUUUUGUCACUUCACUAACAAAUAUGGCCAAUAUCAUUUUCUUCCCACUUUCCAUUCAAGCCUUUAUUUCACUUAUUAUUGCUUCUAUAUCAAUUUUUCUCAUUUUCAAGAGAAGGAUGAUCACUUCAAAGUUACCUCUCCCUCCCGGUCCCAAGCCAUGGCCAAUUAUCGGUAGCAUUCACUUAAUGUUAAAGAAUAAGCCGUUUUAUCAUUGGAUACACGACACCAUGUCCAAAAUGGGAGUCGAGAUCUUUUGCAUCCGCUUAGGGAACGUUCACGUGAUCACGGUCACAUCACCUGAGAUUGCAUGUGAGUUCUUUAAGAAACAAGACGCCGUGUUCGCUUCGCGCCCAAUAGUUAUGUCGGCUGAGGUGGUGAGCGGAGGAUUUUCCGCGGUUACAUUGACGCCUCUAAAUGAUCAGUGGAAGAAGAUGAGGCGCAUAUUGGCAUCUAGCAUCCUUUCUCCGGCCACCCACCAGUGGAUGCAUGGCAAGAGAGCCGAGGAGGCUGACCACCUCGUUCGUCAUGUCUACAAUGUUACGAAGAGCGACGGCGGUGUGGUGAAUAUCAGAGCCGUUGCACAACACUACUGCGGGAAUGUGAUAAGAAAAAUGAUUUUCGGCAAGAGAUUUUUCGGUAAAGAGGAUAUAAACGGAGGACCUGGAGUCGAGGAUGUGGAGCAUGUGGCUGCACUUUUUAAUGUACUCAAAUACACAUAUUCUUUUUGCAUUUCUGACUACAUUCCAUUUCUUCGAUAUCGGUUGGAUCUCGACGGUCAUGAGAAACUAGUAAGACAUGCUAAUGAGGGUGUAAGAAAACAUCAGGACCCGGACAUAGACUCGAGGAUUAAACAAUGGAAGGAAGGAUCAAGGAGUGUUACUGAGGACCUUCUUGACAUGUUAAUCACUCUUAAAGAUGAUGAAGGAAACCCUCUAUUGGCACCGGAAGAGAUUAAAUCCCUGAUUUUGGAAAUAACGGUUGCAACGGUUGACAAUCCAUCAAACGCGGUGGAAUGGGCCCUCGACGAGAUGUUAAACCAACCUGAUAUAUUUGUGAAAGCCCUUCAAGAAUUAGACCAAGUUGUUGGAAAAGACCGACUUGUCCAAGAAUCCGACAUGUCGAAUCUCCAUUAUAUUAAGGCAUGCAUAAAAGAGUCUUUUCGAAUCCACCCAUUUGCACCUUUCAAUCUCCCUCAUGUGUCCACUCGCGACACUACGGUGGCAGGCUACUUCAUACCAAAAGGAAGCCAUGUUCUCUUAAGCCGUCCAGGUCUAGGAAGAAAUCCUAGGAUUUGGGAUGACCCACUUUUGUUCAAACCCGAGCGUCACCUUAAAGAUGACAAGUCACAAGUGAUCUUGAACGAUCCAGAUCUUCGCAUAUUCUCAUUCAGCAUAGGUCGGCGUGGUUGUGCUGGAGUCAGCCUAGGAACCACGGUGUCAGUGAUGCUCUUAGCUCGACUUCUCCAAGCUUUCACAUGGUCCCCAUCGCCAAACGCUCCUUACAUCAAGAGUGUUGAAGGUGCUUGUGAGAUGCUUCCUUCCAAGCCUCUACAUGCCUUUGCAUUGCCUCGAUUGGAUGAGGGGAUGUAUGAUGCACUUCUUGAAGAAUAAGCCUCGGGUUUCAUUGUUUGACAAGGUUAUUGAUUCACAUUGAUUUGAUUACUUAUUUUUAUUUCAAUCUUAAUCAUGUUUUAUUAAUUAUGUUGUAAUAAAGUUCUUUCUUCAUUUUUUCGGUUAAAUGAAGAAUAGUUCAAAUGAAAUUACUAUAACUAAAUAUUUAGAGAUAUAUAUAAUUUAUGAGCUAUAUAUAUUGUACUUGUUAAAGGAG